AUGGUUAUCAGAAUAUUCCUGCCGGUAAUUGGAUUGUUUGGUUUAUGCGGGAAUGGAAUUUCCGCUUUUAUUUAUAGUCGCAAAUCCAUGCGCAGUUCAAUGAACGUUUAUUUAUGUGCUUUAGCGAUAUCCGAUAUAAUUAUCAUAUUAACCGCAUUUUUUCUAUUUUUCAUCGAGAAUUUACGCUAUAAAUCAUUGUUAUUAUCAGAAAUUUUUGCAUUACUUACACCAGUAGCAUUCCCGGUUGGUCUUACUGCCCAAUCUUUAUCAGUAUUUUUGACCGUCACAUCAGCUGUUGAUUGCUUUUUAUUGAUUUAUUCGAACCCUAAUUGCAAGCGGCGAUUUUGUAGUACAUCAACUGCCAUUAAGAUAGUUGGAAUGAUUUCGAUGUUAGCAAUGCUUUACAACAGUCCACAUAUGUUUGAAAUAGAUGUUAUAACUUGUUGGAAUAUUGUUUACGCCGAGAAAAGCAUCGAUGUAUGUCCAACUGAUCUUCGACAAAGUCAGUUGUAUUUAACAGUAUAUUAUGCUUGGAUGUAUACGGUAGUGAUGGCUGUUGGCCCGGUUUUGAUACUUAUUGUGCUUAAUUCUGCUAUAAUUAUUGCAUUACGGAGUACAUUGUCGGUUUCCGGCGAUUCAGAUAUUAUUACGCUUGUUGUUGUUGUUUGCCUUUUUAUUGCAUGUAAUGUUUUGGCUUAG